AUGGAUACCAAAGCAGCACCAGAUGUCGAAAAAACUAUUUCCUCUGCGAGGCCGUCCCCGGUGGACAGUCGCGAUGCAGCACUUGCUCAUGUCGUCUUAAUCCCCCAGCCUAGUACCCACCCCCGGGAUCCUCUGAACUGGUCUCAACACCACAAACAUAUUAUCCUAGCCGUGUUAUGCCUCGCCUCUUUCGCCGGCGCUAUCGCGCCCUUGUCGGGACAGCUCAAUCUAGCCGAUCAAGAGAGGCUAUACAGCAAAACAAAGAUUGAAGAGUCAUAUGCGAACUCAGCCGCCCUAGCGGGUAUGGCCGCCGGCCCAUUCUUCUUCGCCCCAAUUGCACACAGGCUAGGCCGCAGCUCUGUAAUCUUCUGGUGUGUGUUUUGCACAACAGUAUGUCAAAUCUGGGGUGCGGUGAUGACCCACCCUGAGGACUACAUUCCCUACGUGAUGUCGCGCCUCUUCGCCGGUUUCUUCGGGGCCGUGCCUACAGUGCUUGGACCGCGUAUCGUCACCGACCUAUUCUUCCUGCAUCAGCGCGGUCGUGCAUUUACUGCUCUGCAUAUGUCUUUCUUAUUCGGGACCAUUGCCGGUCCUACGUUCUCUGGAUUCGUCUCCGCGCACUCUUUCUUCCCGGUUGAGUUCUGGUGGACGGUUGGAUUGCUAGGAUUCACGCUCCUUUGCUGUUUCUUCUUCCUCGAAGAGACGGGGUUUGAUCGUGUAUGCCCUGGAAAGAAUCCCGAUAUCCCGAGCGGGAGAAUCGCGAAUCGAAUUGCGACGUUCUUACCUGGCAAUCGAGUUGUAGGGCCGACGACAUGGAAAGAAACGGCCAAAAUUGGAAUAACCCCAAUUCUAAUAGGCCUCUGCCCAGCAACAAUAAUAAUGGGCGUAUUCACCCUGAUAUCCUUUGGCUUCUACGUGGGCGUAAAUGCCUUAACACCAGUGUGGCUCCAAAAGCCCGUCAGCGCCGGCGGGUACGGCUUCACGCUCGAACAAAAUGCAGCCUUCACAUUCAGCCACUGGCUAGGGAUCCUCUUCGUUCAAUUCUACGGCCACUACCUCAACGACCGACUGCCACUAUACCUAGCCCGACGAUUCAACAACGGAGUCUGGAAACCUGAGUAUAGACUGCACGUGUUGUGGAUACCCAGUCUAGUGCUGAAUCCAAUUGGACUGGGGAUCUUUGGGGCGGCGUUGCAGUACGGUUUGCAUUAUAUGGUUUUGGCCUUGGGGGUGUUUGUUGUUACUGUUGGGUCGUUGGGAAGUGUGCCUGUUACCGUUAAUUAUGUUGUUGAGUGUUUCAAGGGUUUCCCUGCGGAGGUGGGGAUUGUUGUCGGUGCCUAUCGUAUUGUUUAUGGGCUGACUAUUGGGUUCUAUAUUGAUGGGUGGGUUGAGGCUGUUGGGGUUGGUUGGGUUUAUGGAAUGAUGGCCUUUUUUGCAGUUUUUUCGUUCUUUUUCGUUAUGCUGCUUAUGUGGAAGGGGGAGAUUAUUCGGGGGUUAGGUUUGGGGAUCUGGGCUCUAGUGAGGAGGGUGAACGGUUGGUUGGGGAGUAGAGUAGGGCUUGCGUAG